AUGUCCAGCCAGUCGCCAUUGCCCACGCCCACGCAGAACGUGGUGCUGGACACCUCGAAGCUGUCUGCCUCGACCACAUCCUCAGUUUGGGAUCGUAUCUCAAACUGGGUUUCGGAGAACAAGGCCGUUGUCUACACCAUUGCCGGUGUCGCCGUUGUCGUUACUGGCGCUGGUGUUGUCUACUACUUGUCCGACUCCAGCAAGUCGAGCGCUUCAUCUACUCCCUCCGCCCCCAAGAAGAGCAAGAACCAACGACGGAAAGAGAAGAAGAAGGCUGAGGAAGAGAAGAAGACCAAGGCUGCUUCCGUCCAGGACGAACCUGCGGCUAAGAAGGCCGAGGAGCCUGCUGACGAGUUGCCGGAGGUUGAUGAGGCCACCGUUGGUCAGCUUUCUGAGGAGACCCGCAAUGAAUACGCCGCCAAACUGAAGGCCGCCGGUAACAAGGCUUACGGCUCCAAGGAUUACAACAACGCCAUUGAACUGUACGGAAAAGCCAUCAUUUGCAAGCCCGACCCCGUCUUCUACUCGAACCGCGCCGCCUGCUACAAUGUUCUGUCCGAGUGGGAAAAGGUUGUGGAGGACACCAGCGCCGCGAUCGCCAUGGAUAGUGAGUACGUGAAGGCCCUGAACCGGAGAGCCAUUGCCUACGAGCACCUUGGCAAGUUCAGCGAGGCUCUCCUCGACUUCACUGCUAGCUGCAUCAUCGACGGGUUCUCCAACGAUGUCAGCCGUAACUCCCUCGAGCGCCUGCUGAAGAAGGUUGCCGAGCAGAAGAGCAAGGCUAUCCUCGAUGCCCGUACCAAGAAGCUGCCCAGCGCCACCUUCGUCUCCAACUACCUGCAGAGCUUCCGCUCCCAGGAACUUCCCGAGGGCCUGGAGGAGUCCGUUGAGCUGAGCGAGGAUUCUGGCAAGGCUCUGCUGCGCAAGGGUCUGAUUGCCAUGGCCAAGAAGACUGGCGAUGGUUACGAAGAGGCCGCUGCUGCUUUCGACAAGGCGCUCGAGGCUGGCGAUCUCGGUGAAUUCGAGGCUUUGGCUCUCAAUAUGAAGGCCACUUUCACAUAUCUCGGUGGUAACGCCAGCGGUGCGUUGGAAGGUCUGAACAAGAGUGUUGAGCUCCAGCCUUCCCUUGUCCAGAGUUACAUCAAGCGUGCUAGCUUGCACCUUGAGCUCGGCAACAAGGAUGCUGCUGCAGAUGACUUCGAGCUCGCCAUCACUCACAACAAGGACGACCCCGACAUCUACUACCACCGCGCCCAGCUCCACUUCAUCCUGGGCGAGUUCGCCGAGGCCGCCAAGGACUACCAGAAGUCCAUCGACCUCGACCGUUCUUUCAUUUACUCUCACAUUCAGCUCGGUGUGACUCAGUACAAGAUGGGCUCUGUUGCUUCAGCCAUGGCUACUUUCCGCCGCUCGGUAAAGAACUUCGAGGAGGUUCCCGAUGUCUACAACUACUACGGUGAGCUGCUCCUCGACCAGCAGAACUACCCCGAGGCCAUCGAGAAGUUCGACAAGGCCGUUGAGAUGGAGAAGCUUAGCAAGCCCAUGGGUAUCAACGUUUUGCCCCUCAUCAACAAGGCUCUGGCUCUCUUCCAGUGGAAGCAAGACUUCCAGGAAGCCGAGAACCUGUGCCAGAAGGCGCUUAUCAUUGACCCCGAGUGUGAUAUCGCCGUUGGCACCAUGGCCCAGCUGCUCCUCCAGCAGGGCAAGGUCUCGCAGGCCCUCAAGUACUUCGAGCGUGCCGCCGAACUCGCUCGCACCGAGGCCGAGAUCAUCAACGCCAUCUCCUACGCCGAGGCUACCCGCACCCAGCUGGAGGUCCAGGAGAAGUACCCUCAGCUGGCUGCCCGCCUGAAUGCCAUGGGUGCCAUGGGUGGAGCUCCCCCCGGCAUGUAA